CCCGUGAGCCGCGGCGAGGAUGCUCCGGCGCCGCUGAGCCCGAGCCCGAGCGCGGAGCCGGGGCCGGGGCCGGGGCCGGGGCCGGGGCUGGGGCUGGGGUCGGGAGACUCGGGCCGGGAGCCGGGGUUGGAGCCCGGGCAGAGCGGGACCAGGGCCGGACAGGGCCGGGCAGGGCCGGGCGGGCUACCCCGUCAUGGGCAAGGACCAGGAGCUGGUGCAGGCGGUAAAGACGGAGGACGUGGGCGCCGUGCAGAGGCUGCUGCAGAGGCCGCGGCCCGGGAAAGCCAAGCUCCUAGGCUCUGCCAAGAAGGUUAAUGUCAACUUCCAGGACCCAGAUGGCUUCUCAGCCCUCCACCAUGCUGCCCUCAAUGGGAACACAGAGCUCAGCCUGCUGCUGGAGGCCCAGGCUGCUGUGGACAUCAAAGACAAUAAAGGGAUGCGGCCUCUGCACUAUGCAGCCUGGCAAGGGAGGAAGGAGCCUAUGAAGUUGGUGCUGAAAGCAGGCUCCGCUGUGAACGUCCCAUCAGAUGAGGGCCAUAUCCCGCUGCACCUGGCAGCCCAGCACGGGCACUACGAUGUGUCAGAGAUGCUCCUUCAGCAUCAGUCCAACCCGUGCAUUGUGGACAAUUCAGGGAAGACGCCUUUGGACCUGGCCUGUGAGUUUGGACGCGUUGGGGUAGUGCAGCUGCUCCUGAGCAGUAACAUGUGUGCGGCCUUUGAGCCUCGGCCAGGAGACGCCACUGACCCAAAUGGCACCAGCCCCCUGCACCUGGCAGCCAAAAAUGGUCACAUUGACAUUAUCAGACUCCUCCUCCAAGCUGGCAUUGACAUUAACCGUCAGACCAAGUCAGGCACUGCCCUGCAUGAAGCCGCACUCUGUGGGAAGACGGAUGUGGUUCGGCUCCUGCUGGACAGUGGAAUCAAUGCCCACGUAAGGAACACCUACAGCCAGACCGCCCUGGACAUUGUCCACCAGUUUACCACUUCUCAGGCCAGCAAGGAGAUCAAACAGCUGCUCAGAGAGGCAUCGGCCGCCCUGCAGGUCCGAGCAACAAAGGAUUAUUGCAACAAUUAUGACCUGACGAGUUUGAAUGUGAAGGCAGGAGAUGUGAUCACUGUCCUUGAACAGCAUCCUGAUGGCAGGUGGAAAGGCUGUAUCCAUGACAACCGGACUGGCAAUGAUCGUGUUGGCUAUUUCCCGUCUACCCUAGGCGAGGCCAUCACCAAACGAGCAGGGUCCCGCGGAGCUGACAUGAGUCCGUCUCACCUGUCCCCUUCCCAGGGCAGUUCUGCAGCCCCUCCAGAGGAAAUCUGGGUGCUGAGGAAACCCUUCACUGGUGCUGACCGAAGCAGUAGUCUGGGCGGUGUGGCCAGCGGGAGGAGUGGGGGCAGCGGGAGCCAUGCUCUGCACGCCAGCUCCGAGGGGGUCAAGCUUUUAGCAACUGUGCUCUCCCAAAAGUCCAUCCAGGAGUCAGGUACAGGGGACAGUCCCACCAAGCCCCUGGAGGGCCCCACAGGUCCCCCUCGUGCCCAGUCUGUGCCACACGCAGGGCAGGCCUAUGGUGAGCAGCCAGCCAAAAAACUGGAGCCCGCAUCCGAGGGAAAGAGCGCGGAGGCUGUUGCCCAAUGGCUCGCCACCUUCCAGCUGCAGCACUAUGCCUCCAACUUCAUCACUUCUGGCUACGAUCUCCCCACCAUCAGCCGCAUGACCCCCGAGGAUCUCACGGCCAUUGGUGUCACCAAACCUGGCCACCGGAAGAAGAUAACCUCUGAGAUCAACAGCCUGACCCUCCCCGACUGGCUGCCUGAACACAAACCCGCUAACCUGGCCGUGUGGCUUUCCAUGAUCGGCCUUGCCCAGUACUACAAAGUGCUCGUGGAAAACGGCUACGAGAACAUCGACUUCAUCACGGACAUCACGUGGGAGGACUUGCAAGAGAUCGGCAUCACCAAGCUCGGGCACCAGAAGAAACUGAUGCUGGCAGUCCGGAAGCUGGCGGAGCUUCAGAAGGCGGAGUACGGGAAGUACGAGGCGGGGGCCCUGCGCAGGAAGGCCCCCCAGUCGCUGGAGGUGGUGGCCAUCGAGUCUCCCCCGCCCCCAGAGCCCACCCCCGCCGAAUGUCAGUCGCCCAAGAUGAUCACGUUCCAAGACAGUGAACUGAGCGAUGAACUGCAGGCCGCCAUGACAGGCCCAGCCCCGGGGCCGGAGAGCGGGGCCGAGAAGCCGCCCAACAGCCUGCCCCCCACACCUCGGGCCGGCGCCCUGCGGCACGAGCCCAGCCUGGGUGGGAGGGCACGCCACAUGAGCAGCUCCCAAGAGCUUCUGGGAGACGGGCCUCCUGGCCCCAGCGGACCCAUGUCCCGGAGCCAAGAGUACCUGGCCGAUGAGGGCUCCGCCGCUCCUAGCCCCAAAGAGGCCCGGCCCACUCGCCAUGGGCACAGCGUCAAGAGAGCCAGCGUGCCCCCGGUGCCUGGCAAGCCCCGGCAGUCCUUCCCCCCCGGGGCUGCCGGGGGUCACUUCACGCCGCCUCAGACGCCCACUAAGCCCCGACCGGCUUCCCCACAGACGCUGGGCGCUCCCCACAGCCCGGCCCCGGCCACUGCCAAGGUGAAGCCCACGCCACAGCUGCUGCCUCCGGCGGAGCGGCCCAUGUCACCCCGCUCGCUGCCUCAGUCGCCCACCCAUCGGGGCUUUGCUUACGUGCUCCCCCAGCCCGUGGAAGGCGAUGGCGGACUGCCCCCGCCCGUGGCUCCAGCCCCUAUGCCCGUCCCUGUGUUGUGUCUGCCCCCCGGGGCCACAGGGGAGGCCGAGGAGGAGCCGGGGCGGCCCAAGAAACGGGCACACAGCCUGAACCGCUACGCAGCCUCGGAUAGCGAGCCCGACCGGGAUGAGCUGAUGGUGCCGGCGGCAGGGCCCUAUGCCACGGUGCAGAGGCGGGUGGGACGGAGCCACUCGGUCAGGACCCCGGCGGGCAGCGAUAAGAACGUUAACCGCAGCCAGUCCUUCGCCGUGCGGCCUAAGAAGAAGGGGCCUCCUCCUCCCCCACCCAAGCGCUCCAGCUCUGCCAUGUCCAGCGCCAACCUGGCCGAUGAGCCAAUCCAGGAUGGAGAGGGCGAGGAGGCGAGGCCCGAGGAGGGCACGUCCGGCGGCCGGGCCCAGAGACGCCGCGCCAGUGACUUGGCCGGCAGCGUGGACACAGGCAGCGCAGGCAGCGUCAAGAGCAUUGCCGCCAUGUUGGAGUUGUCGUCCAUUGGGGGUGGGGCCCGGGCUGCUCGGAGGCCCCUGGAAGGCCAUCCCAUGCACCCGGGGCCCCCUGGGCAUCCUGCCAGCCCCGAGCCGAGGGUGGCCACAGUGCUGGCCUCAGUGAAGCACAAAGACGCUAUCGGAUUGGACGGCGAGGUGGUCAACCGUCGACGCACCCUGAGCGGCCCCGUCACGGGGCUGCUGGCUGCCGCCCGCCGUGGGGAGCAGGGCCCCCCCGAGCACAUCCCCUUCGCUGAGGAGGGCAGUCUCACCAUCAGGCAGCGGCCCCGGGGCCCGGCCAAGGGGGAGGGGAGCGAGGGCCCUCCCCUGGCCAAGGUCGAGGCCAGUGCCACGCUAAAGCGGCGCAUCCGGGCCAAGCAGAGCCAGCAGGAGAACGUCAAGUUCAUCCUGACCGAGUCAGAUACGGUGAAACGAAGGCCCAAGACCAAGGAACGGGGGGAGCCCGGGAUGGAGCCGCCCCCACUGUCCGUCUAUCAGAACGGCACGGGCACCGUCCGCCGGCGGCCGGCCUCUGAGCAGAGCGGCGGCCCUCCAGACCUGCCUCUGCUGCCCCCUCCUGCUGUCCCCCCUCCCAUGGACCUUGCCCAUCUGCCUCCUCCCCCGCCACUUGAUGGAGAGGCCAAAAAGCCUGUCAAGCCCCCUGUGUCCCCCAAACCCGUCCUGGCCCAGCCGGUGCCCAAGAUCCAGGGCUCACCGCCAACCACCUCCAAGAAGGCUCCUCUUCCUAGCCCUGGCAGCCCAGAGGUGAAGCGGGCCCACGGAACGCCCCCGCCGGUGUCUCCCAAGCCACCCCCUCCACCCACAGCACCCAAACCAGUCAAGGCCCCUUUGGGACUACAGUCUGUGAGUGCCAGCCCCACGCCCACACCCUCCCCAGCCCGCCAGGCACCUGCCGCUGCCACUACCAGUAAGCCAGCCAGCACACCGCCCUCCCUAUGCGCCAGCCCUGCCAAGCCCCCAUCGCCGGGUGUGCCCCCCCAGCAGGUGCCCAUCAAGCCACCUCGAGCCGCCAUGGCUGUGCCCCCUGGAGAUGGCAGCACCAGUGAGAGCGCUCACCAGAAGUUGGAGGAGACCAGCGCCUCCUUGGCUGCUGCCCUGCAGGCUGUGGAAGAGAAGAUUAAGCAAGAUGAUGGGCAGGCGGCUGAUUCCACGGCUGAGUCCAAGAGUACGGUCAGCAUCCUGGAUGACAUUGGCAGCAUGUUUGACGACCUGGCUGACCAGCUGGAUGCCAUGUUGGAGUGAGCCCAUCAGGUGCCCAGCCAACCUCAGGACUCCCCCCCUCGCCCCACCCCGGGCUCCACACAGAACUUUACCUCAGGAUUGGGCUCCAGGCCGGCCAUCCACAGGCCGCCUUCUUUGUGCUGCAGGCUGGGGGGGUGCUUUCUGGGGGGACAGCCUCCCUGAUGGAACCCCCUCCCCAUCUGGCCCCUUGCUGCUGCUGCCUCCUUGCCCCUUUCUUGACCUCUGCCUGGCACUGACCCAGCCUCCAGGCAGAGACUUGGGCUGGACGAGGGUGUGGAGCAGAUGGAGAGGUUGGGGAGUGGGGCAAGGACUCAGAGUUGGGGGGCUAGAGGAUUCCUGGGGGGUGGGAGGAAACCGAGGGGUUCAUUCCCUCCCACCCCAGGGCUUGGCUGAUUGGAUGGUGGCUGGUGGUUGAGCUCUGGUAGUUGGUGGUUGGAGUAUUGGGGCAGCAAUGUUUGUCGGGUGGGGGGAUCAGGACUGAGAAAGGGGUGCCCUUGAAGGGGGUCCCCACUCCCUUGCCCUCCCAUGCCCCUCCUGAUCACAAGCACAACCUUUCGGGGGGCCAUGAGUAGAGCAGGAGGCUGGGGUCACAGGUUGGCUCACUUUGUCCAAGGGCUCUCUGGUCACUGGUGCUGCUGCCAGUGGUCACCUCACAGCGGCCCAGGGCUGCAUUCUUCUUGCUUCCCCCCCUCCCCCAUGAUGCAAUAAUAACAGCUGGGUUAGCGCUUCCUCCUUCCUCCUCCCUCUCCUGUGGCCCUCACGGGCCUGUCCAGUGUGUGCCCUUCCUAGCUCUGCCCCACCGGAGGGGAAGGGAUUCAGGCCCUGGGCAGGAGCCCCCGGCUCUCUUCUGGCCCUCAGGCUGGCUGCUGGUGUCCCAGGUAGGGCCCGAGGCCUGGGUUCUUAGGGGAAGGCUGCCAGGCUCAGUGCCCAAGGAUGGCCGGGCAAAGUGGGGCUGGCUAGAGGUGGAGACGGUAGGAGAAAAGCAGGCUUGUGGGCUGGGCUGGUCCUAGGCUCCCUGGACCACUGGAGGGUGGGGGGCACCCCACAUAGGCAGGCCCAGCCCCCCUCUCCCCUUCCCCCCCAAUCAGCCGCAGAGCACAGGCCUGAGGACCAGAGGUACAGCACAGAAACUGCUUCCGAUUGGGGACUGGGGGGGGCUGCCUCCCCUCGCUUCACUUCCUUUCUGGGCUGGGGAGGGGUGCUCCGGCCCCAGCCCCCCACCCCGGCUCCAUCACAGCACAAAGAGACCAGAGGUAGUAGCCUGGUCCUGGGGUGAGUCUGCAGGGACAGCUCCUCCCAAGGCUCCGUCAGUGCGCUCCCCACGACCCCACGGCCCUACCCCUGCCCCCGAGGGAGAGGCAUAGACCAGAUAAUAAGCUAUAGAAGAGUAUUAAUUUAUUGGAAAUGAGCUGAGGCAGAUUUUCCCAGAGAUCCAAAAGGGUAAAACUUUAACUUUAACAAAUAUAUAUUUAAAGAAAGAAAUAUUAUUGAUUCUAUAGAAAACCAUUUACCAACCAAGAGAAAACUGGAUUUUAGUUUGAGACAAAAGCUGUUAGAGGCCAAGGCCACCUGUCUUGUCUGUCCAUCCGUCCAUCCGUCUGUCCCUCAGUGGCCAGACCGCUUUCCCAGUAGCACAAGCAGGAGGCUUCCUGCCCCUCCGAAGGGUGGGAUCGGUGUGCCUGGGGGCUCCGCGCAGCCGCCAUCCCAUCCCAUUCCUGCCGCUCUUCUUUCUUCAUCUCUCUCUGCGUUUGAAGAACUCGAAGGAUGUGCCUUGUUUGCUGAUGGGCUGCGUCCCCUGGCACCGCGCCACAGAGACCUUCAGGCACUAGGGCUGCCCUCCUCCUCCUCCCCCCGGCUGUGCCGCAGCCGGGGAGUGUGCAGGGUCUGCCUGUCUGGUUGGAGGGCAGCUGUACACGUGGGUGAGUGGGCACAGCGAGCCUCACGGGGUGGGAUGAGACGUGACCGAGCACUUGUGGGGGGAGCCAUCUACGUCGGGGCCCGUGCGGGUUUCUGGGGAGGGUAGAUGCAGUGUGUUGGUGGAUGAUUAUGUGGGUGUUCUGUGUGAUUCUAUAUAUGUGGGGGGGGUGCGUGUGUGCGUGUGCGAGGGCACGACUCACCCUCCGGAAUGGCUAUUCCUGCGCCGAGUGGCCAGUGCAGACCCUGCUCCGAGUUCUGAUGAAUGCCUUUGCGUGUGGUCUGACGAGUAUCGUGUGGUCAUUCUUUUUCUGCCCCCCCGCCCCCGCUCGGAUACCCCUUCCCCUCUCUCGAGGUCCCCACCGGUCUUUGUUGUGUUGGCUGAUCAGACGUGGUUGGGCACAACUUCUGACAGUUCUUAAACACAAUUUUUUUUAAAAGCCUGAAACUAGCUGUUGUGAAGCCGACUCUGUGUGUGUGAGCCCCGAAGGCCUCUGGGCUGGGGAGACAAGCGGACGGACAGAUAGUGUGCUCUGUGCUGGUCGUUUGGUCUGGACUCUGUAUCGUAUUCCAUUGUUCCAGCUGUCCAUCUCCCUUGGUGCUCCCCACGCUGUGUGUGUAUGUGUGUGUAUGUGUAUGUGUGCGCUGCCAUCUCCCUGGUGACUGGUGGUGUCCCCUUGCUGCGGGCUUUUGGUUUGCUCCUGUGAGUCUGGCCGGGCAGCAGAGUCCAAAGCAUCCAGACCAGGGUCCCCCCGCCCCCUGCCCUGACACACCGAGAGGACAUCACGGCCUUGUCAUUGCCACAGUGGAUGAGGAUCAUAGCACCUGGGUCAUCCAUCUGUGUGUGUCUGGUCAGUGUGUGUCCGAGGGAUCCGGGCCCUGGACAGACUGGACUUUCUAGGAUCUGUGUGCCCGGCCCUGUGGGAUGGUGAGUGGUCUAUGCAGCCGUCUGCGCUUCCUGCCAUCGGCUCUCAAUAAAUGUCAGAAAAUGGAA